AUGAUCUCGUGCUAUGCGUGGUUCAUCGAUCGUCCCCUCGCUCAUCUCCAUCCAAAUAUUAAUCACGAAAAGCAGACAGAAAGCAGCAGCCCGCGCCGAGCACCUCUGGCCAUAUACCACAGACCACAUACCACAGGCAACAGGCUCCCCCCGCGGACUGGCAGUCAUGUAUCCCCCAUGCGCCGUGCGAUCACACCACAGCCCAACGCGCAGCCGCAGAUCGCCUCGGGCCUCCAGGCCUCCCCGGUCCAUGGCCUGCCUCCACGUACUGUGCCAUCUGCGCUUGGCAUCAGCAGCGUGCCACAGCCCGCCUCCGCACACGUCCCCCGCGCCCUCUGCCCCUGCGAAUCCCGCCGCGAAGCGCUGCGAACCUUACCCUUGAUAUGUGAUAUUGAACGUUUGGACCAGCACGUCCGGGAGGAGAGCGGCCGCCCGGCGAGGCGAGGGCGCGAUCCGCCCCUCCCGCUCGUCUUCCCUCCGCGCUGCCGUCCGAUUCGUCCCCCGCGGUCCACGCCUCCAGCUGAAGACGCAGACGCAGGCGUGACGCCCCGCGCCCCGCGUUCUGCUCCACCGCUGAUGUUCUGGACGUUCCACGCCCCCUUCCCGCGGACGGCUGCCCUUUGUAUUGGAUUUUGCUUUGGCUUUGAUCCGAAUCGGGCUGGCUGGGUGGCGGACACUCGGCGCCGUCGCCCGGCAGGUGAACACUGUCCACAACCCCCGCGCGGCGGGACAGCCAGGGAACCGGUCUCUGUCUGGCGAUCCGCGCGACGUCGAGGGGGCCCACACAUGCACCGCGACUGGAGUCUGUCUGUGAACACACCACUCGCUGGGGCUCCGUCCGGCCGGGCUU